AUGGACGGGCUUACCACGAGACUUAAUAAACUAAGCAUUGGCCCACGAACCCACAUUGGUUUCGCUGACGGACUACCUGAUGAAGUUCCGUUCUGCCCACCAGUCGAACUCACAUCAAGAUUACACGACACUCCCCGUUAUCUUUUCCGUGUUUACUCAAAAGCCUCUGCGGGAGAGAACACCAACGAAUGCAUGAAAUCGAUUGACGCGCUAGAAAACAAUUUGACGGACAUUUUUGCACGAGAUGAUGCUUCAAAGACCGCCUUGACCCUCAAUGAGCAUCUGAGGUGGAAGGAAAAGUCAUACGGCGAUCCUUUUAUAUCCUGGACAACUUCGAUUCUAGUCGCGAUCCAAUACGCCAUCUACAAGCAUAAGAAGGACCCCACCCCGUUGCGGAAAAUACAUCUCUGCAUUAUUGACACUACGCUGUUCCGCAGUGGAGUGUUCAUGCGAGACCUCGAUCUGAUGGAGGAAUUCCAUGAUAAGGUCCCUGGCGAUCAUUCAAUCGUGGUUAAAGAUAGAAAGCACACGUGGAAAGAGAGGGGGCUCAACGACUUUUGUCACUUGCGAAAAAAGCAACAUAAGUUCUAUUCUGGCGUUUACUACUUCGGAGAGUACCUCUCACAAGGGCAGACCAAUAUCAAGGGUCGGUCAUGCACGGUGACCUGCGACAGGAUAAUUAAUGAUCACUUAUUUUCCUUGAUCCCGUCCUUCAAAGUCGAAUUGAAAGACCCUCGCGCGUACUGGGCAGAUGCAGUGGUCAAGUUUCGAGAGUCGUUCUACAGGACUGAGGAACCAGCCUCAACAAACGGGUCCGAAUUCGAGGGGGCAGUGAUGAUAGCAUUACAAUACGGCAAGAUGUGGUUUCUGCCUAUACUUGCGAAUCUGCUGGCUAUGCGUCCUCGCAUGCCCCGGGAUUUCGGAAUCUUACUUCGGAUUUUAGACCUUUUUUCCGAUGAGCUAAUACGCAGCUUGUCGUCUGAAGACACGAAAGUUGUGGCCAAUAAAAACAUCCCUGAGGUCCUGGCUUUCAGGAAUAUCGUUUGUGAUAUUCGCAGAUACUAUUACGCCGAAUGCGCCGAUGCCUCGGUGAGAUCCAUGAAAGACGCUACAAAUUAA